AUGGUCUGCUUUUUUUUCUCGUCUCUCUGUCACGCAAAUACUUGUCCAAAUUUAUCACUUUUUAUUCUAUGUCAACUUUUAUCUAAUCAGUUCUGUCUCCCACUCGCCACCUCUCUCUCAAACUCUGUGUCACUCUCGCACUCUCUGUUUGCUCACCCACAGACACUUCUGUUCCCUCCUCUCACUCUCUGUCUCUUUCUCUAUUUAGUAUUAAUGCAUCUCUUUCUAGUUGUCUCUCUCCUUCACCGUCUCUUACCCUCUCUCUCUUUCAAUCUGUCGCACUCUCUUUCUAUAUCUUACUCUCUCCCUAGUUUCUCUGCCGUUCUCGCUUUCUUUGUCUUUCUUACAUACGGUUACUCUCUCAUUCUCCCUCUCUUUCUCUCCCUAACGUUUCUCCUAUCUUUCUCCCCUUUCUCUUAUUCCCCCUCAGCGCCUUUCUUCAUUCUAUCACUCUCACUCGAUUUUCCUCUUUCUCUCUCAAGCCCUAUCCAUCGCCUUUUUUUCUUCUCAUUUUCUACUCUGUUUCUCUCUGACUCAUUCUCUCAUACAUUCACUCUUUCUUCAUUCAACCCACUCUCUUUACACAAUCUUUCUCUUUAUAUUUUACUGUCUCUCUCUAUGUUUCUCAGUAUACAUACCACUCUCUCUAUAGCCUAA